AUGGAGCCCUGGUGCGUGCGCAUCGCGUGGGCACUGCUGACGGCAGAAACGCGCCGCAAGCCGCUUUGCUACCUGGCGUCCCCGGCCCUCUCGCGUCUACAACACGCACGAUGUGUCUCACUCGAUGCGGAGAGCCUGCGCGAGCUAGCAACUUCAAUGCACCUCCUGGGGCUGAACUGGCAGCUCCAGCCCACGGAUGGACACACCUUCAACAACGGGAUGAGGCCGGGCGCAGCGGGCACCGAGGAUGUGGCGGCGGUGCCAUCGGGAGGCAGAGGACCGUGGGUCACUAGGAAUAGCAGCAUAGAUAGCGGAGAAACAGAAGUUGGCCGCAGGGUCACCCAGGAAGUGCCUCCUGGAGUUUUUUGGCGUUCUCAGAUCCAUAUCGGCCAGCCACAGUUCCUGAAGUUCAACAUAUCCUUAGGGAAGGAUGCUCUUUUUGGUGUUUAUAUAAGAAGAGGACUCCCACCAUCACAUGCUCAGUAUGAUUUCAUGGAACGCUUGGAUGGGAAAGAGAAAUGGAGCGUGGUGGAGUCCCCACGGGAACGUCGAAGUAUUCAGACCCUUGUUCAGAAUGAGGCUGUGUUUGUUCAAUAUUUGGAUGUGGGUUUGUGGCACCUGGCAUUUUACAAUGAUGGCAAGGACAAAGAAGUGGUCUCUUUCAGUACGGUUGUUUUGGAUUCGGUGCAAGACUGCCCACGUAAUUGUCACGGAAAUGGCGAGUGUGUAUCCGGUGUCUGUCACUGUUUUCCAGGAUUUCAUGGAGCAGAUUGUGUCAAAGCUGCCUGCCCAGUACUGUGCAGUGGCAAUGGUCAAUACUCUAAAGGCACCUGCUUAUGCUACAGUGGCUGGAAAGGUCCAGAAUGUGAUGUACCCAUCAGCCAGUGUAUUGAUCCCUCAUGUGGAGGUCACGGUUCCUGCAUCGAAGGGAAUUGUGUCUGUUCUGUUGGCUAUAAAGGAGAAAACUGUGAAGAAGUUGACUGCUUAGAUCCAACGUGCUCCAACCAUGGAGUCUGUGUGAACGGAGAAUGUCUCUGCAGCCUGGGCUGGGGUGGAAUAAACUGUGAGCUUCCCAGAGCCCAGUGUCCAGACCAGUGUAGUGGGCACGGUACCUACCUGUCUGAUACAGGUCUUUGUAGCUGUGAUCCCAGCUGGAUGGGUCCUGACUGCUCCGUUGAAGUGUGCUCUGUAGACUGUGGCACUCACGGGGUGUGCAUUGGCGGAGCAUGUCGCUGUGAAGAAGGGUGGACAGGAGUGGCGUGCGACCAGCGUGUGUGUCAUCCCCGUUGCACGGAGCACGGAACUUGUAAAGAUGGGAAAUGUGAAUGCAGAGAGGGCUGGAAUGGGGAGCACUGCACCAUUGGUAGGCAAACGACAGGCACCGAAACAGGCACAUAUUGCUUUCUUUUCAUAAAUCGUAGAAACAUAGUUACUGUUGUGUAUUGUAAUAGGCUGUUCCUUUAA